UGUCGUUUGGGCGGUGAACUCGCCUGUGGGAUUUAACACAUGUGGAUUUGUUAUUAAUACUGAUGAGAAAAGUCGCCAUGUUCGUGUGUUCGCUAAGUUUAACAUAUAUUUUAAAGAAGCAGCCAAACGCUUGUACAAAACACUGCUCACAUUAGUGGAUGUCAGUUUUGGCGCGACUGUACGUAACUGUGAGGACUCAGGUCAUCAUCGGUGGUAUGAGGAAAGGUAUCUGAUCAGACAGCUGUGUUUAAGACAACUGGAAAUUGAAUACUGGUGAAUGGAAAAGGUCCAACACAGAUUUUUGGAUGGAGAGCUGCACGCACGUUUUCCAGAUCUCUGGGAUCAAGGUCCGUGAUAAGAAGAGACUUUUGGUCCAGAGAAUCCGGCAACUAGGUGGAAUAUACAUAGGUGGCUCAGUCUAUCAACAGGCCAGCACCCAUCUCAUCAUCCCUCAGGUUUUGUCCAGCGAGAAGUUUUUAGCAGCCUGCGCUGCAGGAAAGUGGGUUGUGACUCCAGAAUAUGUGCUGAACAGUUUUAAAAAUGGUUCCUGGCUCGCAGAGGGACCCUAUGAAGUUGCCAUUUCCACAGGUGCAACGUCUUCCUUCUACCCCGUCAGGCAGUGGAGGGAGAAGGUUGCCAGUGGGAGGCUUGCGGGGGCCUUCCAGGGCUGGAGGGUUCUCCUCAUGGUCCAUGAGCCCACGCGCAGGGCCAUGUUCAAACGGCUCCUAAAAGCAGGCAGGGCCCAAGUAUACCACUGCCCUCCUCCCUCUCAUGCCUCUGUUACUCAUGUCAUGGCUAAACCCAUUACAGAGGACUCAAAAUAUCACAAUGCUCCUUGCUACCCUGUAAGCCACAUUGUCCAGCACCUUUUUGGGAGCAAUUGUGUGGAUAUGAAUUUCAACAUAACAGAUGAUCACCCAGCAAAGACGAAGAAGAUCAGUAUUGUUGAUGUGGACUUCUCUAAACUGGAGACUGAGCUCCUGGACUAUGUCAUCAAACAGGAGGGCCGGCCGAGACUGAGGUUCCUUGAAUUUCUGGGUUACCAUGAUCCGUACCGUCCACUGUCCCAGGCUACAGAAACAGACUUCAGCAAUGUUGGUAGUAUGAUAGAGUGUGGCCUCUUCAUUGAAGCCUUAGACUCUAUCAGAAGUGCCGUGUUCCCAGGCCUGCUGCCACCUGCACCAUACCUGGUCUCCCUUUUAGACUAUGCACAGCAGGGUAACGCCACGUCUGUCUUCCUGAAAAAUUUGCAGCAGGUCAUGUAUAACCUGCUUGUGACCAACCCUCCCUGGCUGGCUCCCAACACGGUGAAAAAAUAUUUUACCCAAGUGCUGCAGUGUCCUCGGUGUAAGACGGGCCUGUGGCCUUUUCUAGAGACAGCCAUCAGUUAUUGCCUGUCCAUUGAUGUGUCUUGUCACCCGCUCCCUGGACCUGCCCUGCCAACACUGUUACAUUUCCAUAGUGACAUCCUGGCAUUUUUCCUCAAGCUCUUCCAGGGGGAACUCCACUCUGUCACCACCGGGGAUUUUGUGCUGCCUGAUGGAUCAGGAGUCUCUCAGGCUUCAGUAUCAGGAUCUUUGCUCCAUGGAACCUUCUGGACUGUGUGGGAGCGCGCCACGCUGUUGUCCCGAGCUGUGAAACAACUAGCCCAGCUCUUGGUACAGGCUGUUAUUGAGGACUAUGCUGAGAAGCAGAAGCUGCAUUUGGCGGACACGCUGCUGGACCUCCUGUCUGUGUUGGUUGAGUUCUGGUGUCAGCAGCACUUCAAGUUAAACCAGAACCUGGUGGAAAAGGGUCUAAAAGACUUAGCAGAGCACUUUGCUGUUAUCAGCCAGGAUGUGUCUCCGGUAGUUGUAGCAGAGCUGGUCGUCAGGAUUCGCUCCACCAGACUUAAGUUGGUAAUAGCCGAUGCCACAUUCAAGAGUCUUUGCUGCAGAAAUGGAUUCACAGUUGGAGAUGAACCCCUCUCUUUUAAGAAAAUGGUGCUGUCCUACCUGCCUGCUCUGGGAAGUUUAGCUCAGAGUCCCACCUGUGCUCUCAUCAGGACCGGACCCACCUCCCACAGCGGCACCAGCCAGGGGGCCGGCUGCAGUGCUCUCAGCUCUAUGGAGAACGAAACGAGCAAGGAGAAUGUGAUCAUCCCCAGAGGUUUGAACAGAGUCAACGCAGCAGGAGAGACCCUCCUCCACAGAGCUUGCAAGAGGAACCAAGUGGAAACAGUGCUUCGGAUCCUGGCGCUUCCUGGCACGGACAUCAACGUUAAAGAUCACUCAGGCUGGACGCCUCUGCAUGAAGCGUGCAAUCAUGGCAGCACCGCGUGUGUGGAGGUUUUGCUACGUCACCGCCCUGCGCCGUUUCUUAAUAAGCAGGUGGGCGGAGUCAGUCCACUGCACGACUCCGUGCUGAAUGGACACAUGGACAUCGCUAAAAUUCUACUGGAGCACGCGGGCUCAGUUCUCCUGCAGCAGACUGAUGGAAACGGUCACACUGCACUGGAUCUGGUCUCUGCGACGAGUCGGAGGGAGGAGCUUCUCCACAGCGCACACGUUGGAGACUCAGCCCUGAGAAACUACUCGACUGAGGUCUUGAACCUGCCCCUCCUGGAGGCCGGAUCCUCUCUGCUGGCACACCUUGUUUCCUCCUACCAGCAAGAGAGGGGCCUGCCCGGCCACGCGCAGCCCAGCGACAAGUCCCGCAGCCUGAGCUACAGGCUGGUCAGGACCCUGGAGACACACUCGCACCAAAAAGUGACUUUGGGCUGGACAGACCAGCGGGCAGUGAGGCUGGUGUCGGACGCGGAGACGUUGCUGGAGCUCGGCAGAGGGAGUUACCUCGGGGAGGUGUCUCAGGCAGUGAAAGAGUGCAAAGUAGAGAAUACACUGUUCCUGAUGGAGAUACUGGAGGGUCUUAAGUCUCGGGGGGAAGCGCUACUGGCUGAUCUGUGACUCAGAGUCACUGGACAUCACACUGAAAAAGCUUGAAACUUGAAUGUGCAGCAUGUGAUUGAAAUGCUGACAAAAGGGCAUCGGUGUCAGUUAUAUACAACUGUUUAUUAUGAUUGUACAAUUUAAAAAGGCCUUAAAAUGUCAGCAGACACCUUCUGGCCUUUUUCAAAUGAUGCGGCCGUCUCCCGUCUUCCCAUUCGGGUAAAUAGUAAGUCGGAAGUUAGCUGUAUGUACAUUUCUUACAAGUGCGACGUGCUCUGGCCAUGUUACACUACCUUGUUUUAUAUUUCUCAAUUGUAGAAAUGUUUUUUAUGUUAACACACUGAUUUCUGUGUCGACUGUUACUACCUCAACUUCUUGUUUUCUACGGCUACCUUGUUCACAGAUUAAAAAAAACCAUGUUAACUUAUAUUUAUCACAACAUAAAUAAAAAAAUAACAACUCGUUCAGACAUUCAGAUAGCAUUAAAUCAGCAGAGGGGUCAAGUAUUUUUACACCAAUAAAUCAGGGGGAAAUGGCUACUGCAGUGGCUGAAAGGCGCUCUAACAAAUGGAGUGGUGUCAUGUGAGGGCCACAGUGAAAGAGUAAAAAAGCAGUUCUGCUGGAAGUCAUCUCGGUCGGAGACGCUCGAGGCUCUGAUGUGCACUCAGUGUCUCAGCCACACAGACCGCAGUGAGGAAUGAGCCACUUCCUGAAGCUGAGCAUGAACGAGGAAAGGGGUUUAGGUUUGUUGAAG